AUGUCUCACUCAGUUUAUCAAAGUAAUGGUAAACCAUUAUCUCAACAAGCUCUUUAUCAACAAAAAUUAAGACAAGGAAUUUAUAACAGUCCUAAUGGAGCUUCAAUUGGUGUUAACACUAAUGCUUCAGAUACUGCCGCCCUUUUGGCUGCUUCUACUGAUUUAACUGUUAGACCAAGUUAUGAACGUACUAUUGCUCCUGAAGCUCAUACUGCAGCAUUAGCAGCUAAAAAGGAAAAUAUUUCUGCUUGGUCAAGAGAUUCAACAGACCCAUUAGCUGAAUCUGCUGCUGGAAAUGCUAGAAGUUCAACUUUAACAAGUCAAUAUACUACCUCUUCGGUUUCUUCUUAUGUUGGUACUGGUAUUCCAUCAUUAAAGGGAGAUUCAAUUUAUCGUGUUGCCAAUGAAAAUUCAACUUCCACUAUGACUUCAAGAAUUAAUCCUGAAAAAGAUGUUAAAAGAAUUGGGUUAGUUUCUAAAAAGACAAGUUCAGGAACUUUAGAUUUACAUAAAAUCAAUCAAGUAGCUAAUAAAAACUCGACUAAAUCUUUAAAUUCAAGAUUUAAUCCAGACUUAGAUUAUAGAUCAGGUUUAAAGGCUAAUGCCAUUGCUCCAGCAGAAUAUUUAAACCAAGAAGAAGAAAUCUUAGCUGCUAAUGGUGCAGCUGCUUCCUUGAAGCAUGGUUCUGGUUUAUCAGAUAGGUUAUCAUCCCAACCAAGAUCUCAAUCAUUUAAGGCUGUCGAUGUUGUUAAUAGUACUUUAUUGGCUGCUGCUAAUCAUAAUGCCAAUUCAAGAUUACAAUCUCUUUCAAGUGUUGAACCAAAAGACUUUAAAGCUCAAGCACAAUUAUAUGCUGGUGCUUUAGCCAUUGCACAGAAGAAUAGUGAAGCAAGAUUGGCACAGAAUAAAGCUGGUUUAAUUGAUUUAGGUGGUGGAUUAACUAUUACUCAAGCUGAAUUAAACAAAAUGGCUUCAUCUGUUGUCCAACCAGUAUUGAAUGAUAUUAGUGAAAAGGCUUUAGCUCAACGUAAAAUUGAUGCUGAUAAAUUAAAGAAACAACGUGAAUUACAACAAAGUCAUCAAGAAGCUAAAAAGGAAGAGUACGCUGCUAAAUUACAAGAAAAGGCAGAAAUUGAACAAGCCAAACAGCAACGUGUAUCUGAAAAUGAAGAUAAAAAGAAGGUUGAAAAUGAUAAAUAUGAAGAAUAUCAAAAGGAAAAGAAUGAUGCCAUACAAGUUCAAGUUACUGAGUUGAAAGCUUUGGAACAAAAAUAUGCUGAAGAAAAGGAAGCUCUCUUAGCUGAAAAGCAAGAAAAUCAGGAUAGAAUUGAUGAAGAAGAAGCCAAAUUGAUCGCUGAUAGAAAACAAGAAUUGGACGAUUUACAAGCUGAAAAGGAUGAGAUUGUAAAACCAGUCUUGGAUGAAUUAUCUACUGAAACUUCUAAGUUGAAAGAAUUAACUGAUGCCAAGGAAGAGUUGUUGAAUGAAGUUAAGGCUUCAGAAACUACCAAUGAAGAAUAUGAAGCCAAAUUGGCCGAACUUAAUGAACAAUUAGCUACUACACAAGCUGAUAUUGAAAAAUAUACUGUUGAUUUAGAAGGAGCCACUAAAAAGCAUGAAGAAACUUCAAAAGAAGUGGAUGAAUUGAAUCAAUAUACAAUUGAUGAAUUGAAUAAGGCAGAAAUUGCUAAUAAAGAUUUAGAUGAAAAAAUUGCUGAAUUAGAAAAGACAAAAGCUGAUCAUUUAGCUGAAAAACAAGCAAAGAGAGAAGAAAUUUUAUCUGAAAUCGAUCAAAAAGUCAAGGAUGAACAUAAUAUUAAUCUGGAGUUACCUGAACAUUUAAGAAAAGAUGUUGAUGAAUCCAAGUUGAGAGAUACUGGAUCAUUGUUUUCUUUUGAUGAGCCAAAGGAAGUUCCAUUAGUUUCCGAGCCCAAGGUUGAAGAAGAGACUCCUUCUGCUGCCCCUGCUGUAGCUGCUACAUCUGGUCUUAAGACUGCAGUUGUGCAACCAGUAGCUGUGGCUGCUUCUAAGGCAAGUACCACCAAGAAGCCUAGUGGAUUCAAGAGAUUGAGUAGUAUCUUCAGAAGUCCUAUUAAGUCCAGUUCCAAGCCACCUUCGAAGAAUAUAUCUGCCCCCAUAGCUAAAAAAGAAGAGCCAGUUUCUGCUACUUCUGCUGGAGUCGAAGAAACCAAGUCAAGUGCUGCUGAUAUUAUUGGUAGUGGGAACGGUACUUCUGAAGCCGACUUUGAUGGCGUAGACGAUUCAUCCUUAAAUGAUAUUGGUAAACCAAAGCAAAAGGGUAGUGUGUUUAAGGAAGAAGAAGAUUAA